UUUUUUUGUGUGUGUGUGUGUGUAAAAAUUGACAUAAAUCAAAUCAAAUCAAGAAAAAAAAAUAAAUACAACAAAAGCAACGUACAAGCAAACAAUCCAUCGAAUAAUCAAUUAAUAUCGAUUAUAAAUCAAUCAAUAAAUUAAAAUUUCAACAUAAUGGCAACAAAUGAUGGUAGAAUUUUUUCCGAAAAAACCACAAAUAUUAAUAGUGGUAAUACCAAUGGUGAUACCAGUAUGAUACCAAUGAAAACAUUUGGUAUAUCCGUUAAUACCGAAUCGGAUAAUUCAUCCAAUGUUAAUAAUGGUAUUGGAAAUGUAAAUAAGAAAAAAACUAAUCGUCCAUAUCGAUUAUCGAAUUUUAAUUAUAAUAAUAAUAAUAAAAAUACAAAUGAAGAUAGUAUGAUGAUUGAAUUGAUUGAAGUUAAUAUUAUCAAUGGAAAUCGUACAUUAUUUGAAUCAUUAAAUUUUCGUAUCGAUAAUGGACAAAUAUUUGGAAUAAUUGGUUCGAAAAAAACUGGUAAAACAGCAUUAUUGGAAACAAUAGCAACCAUACGAUCACCACGUACAGGAAAAGUUACCUAUUAUGGACAAACAUAUGAUCAACCAGUUCGUAUUGGUUUUAUGCCACAAAACAAUGGAUUCUUUACACAGCUUACAAUUGCUGAAAAUCUAAAUUUAAUGGCACGAUUACAUGGCUUACCAAUAGAAGUGGCAAAUAUUCGUUAUGAAAGUUUAAUUGAUUUGAUUGGAAUUAGUGAAGCUAAACAACCAUUACAACAAUUAGAUCAAUCACAACAAUCAUUGAUUGCAUUGGCAAUGGCAUCGAUUCAUUCACCAAGUGUAUUAGUAUUGGAUGAACCAGAUUUUGGUUCAGAUCUCAUACAAAAAGAACAAAUUUGGCAUCAAUUAAAAUUAUCAUGUAAACAGGAACAUAUUACUGUCAUAUUCUCUACAACACAGGUUGAAGAUUGCCGUUAUGCUGAUCAUGCAGCAAUCGUUGAUCAUAGACAAUUAUAUCCAUGUCGUUUAUAUCAAAUCAAUAUAAGUGAUCCGAUUGCUAGUUCAAGUAGAAUUUCAAUGGAUAAAAAAAGUCCGGAAAUGAAGAAAAAAUUCUCAGCAAUCGCUAUGGAUGCAAAUCAUAAAAUUAAUGAAUUUGCUCGCCAUUGUUUAUCGGCAAGAAUUAAUAGCGAAAUUGUUCUAGCUGAAACAAUGGAUCAAUUAAAAAAAUCGACUGAUUUAGAACCAUGUGAACCGAAUCGUUAUCGACAAGUUUCAGCAAGCACUAAAUUUAUGACCAUAUUUCAGCUAUUAAUUCAAUUGUUCAUUCUAAAACGAUUAUCAUUAUCAUUAUUUCAAUUAAUACUACCAACAUUAUUGGCUAUAUUUUGUGUACAAUUAUUGGGCCAAAAUCCACAUGAUUUACGUGUUGCUGUUUAUAAUCCUGAUUCACCACCAAUUGUCAGCAAACAUGUAUUGAAUGUAUUGGAUAGCAAUACAAUAAAUCUAAUAUAUGAGGAUAAUUUGGAUGAUGCCAUUCAAAUGGUACGCAAUGGACAGGCAUGGGCUGCAUUAGAAUUUCCAGCCAAUUAUACGAAUUCUAUAUUCAAUCAAGCAUUAGAGCAUUGUGAUGAUUUAUCCGGUGAUGAUGAUGAAAUAAAUGAAAUUCUAACGUCAGUAAAUGGAUCAACAUCAACGACAACUGUAUUGCCUGAAUCAGAACCAGAAACAAAAAUUAAUAUGGUCACUAUAUUAAUGUAUGUGGAUAAUACAAACAUAUUGAUAGCCGGUUUUGUUAAAGCAAAAGUUUUACAAGCACUUGAACGUGCACAUCAUGAUGCAAAAGAAAAUCAAGUUGAAACACGAAUGACACAACCAUUAUCGGUGGUCAGACCAAAUAUUUAUGGCAAUGAUGAUACACCGAUGACUGAUUUUAUUUUACCUGGCGUUAUCAUGCUGGCCAUGCAAUUCGCCAUAACAAUAUUAUCGAUUUAUGAAUUGAAUGAAUUGAUUCGAUCACAAAUGUUUCGUUCAUCAUUAGCAAUGGCAAGAAUAUCCAGAUGUUCAUUAUUGAUUAUUUGGUUUUUGAUAAAAUUUGCAAUGUUAAUUGGCCAAACAAUUUUAUUUAUGAUUAUAUUAAUAUCCAUUAUGGAAAUCCGUUUUGAAACAUCUGGUAUGACGCUAUUCAUAACAUUAUCCAUUAUGCAAUCAGUUUUGAUUUUAAUGGCUACGAUUAUACUUAUGUUGUGUACAUCAUUGACAACAACCAUAGUAAUUCAUUGGAUUAAUUUUAUCAUCGCUAUCACAUUGGCUGGACUAAUAUUUCCACUUGAAUGUUUACCACCAAUUAUUCAUACAAUAAUGUUAUAUUCAUAUCCAUGGACAUCUAUUGCUGAAUCGAUGCGUUCAGCAAUGUCACGUGGUUGGUCAUUUGAUCAUUAUUUUGAACAUACACAAGUAGCCGAAUUUGUAUGGCUUUCAAUCAAUUUAUCGGCUAUAUGGAUAUUAUCAUUAUUAUUAUUAUUCAUAAUCAUUUUGAACAAAAAUCGAUAUAAUUAAUUGAUGACAACAACAAAAAAAACUUACAACUCACUCACUAGAUGGCGAUAUGUGUUUUAUUAUUUUAAAAAAUGACAAUAUUUUCUUUUUUCA